AACAGCACGCAGCUGCGUUCAACGGUCAUCACGUCUCCCUUCAAGGCGAUUCCGGUCUUUGCAGUUCCGUUUUCCUCGGCUCUGACAAGAGUUGAGGGAGGUCCAGGAUACACGCUCGUCACUCUUUCGUAGAUGGCUAAUCAGUCGUGGGGAGGGAUUUGCUGCAGGUCUCCAUCAAGGCGGCUCGCUGGCUGCGAUGUCGAAAGGAGGGCCGGCGAUGAGAGUCGGCAAGCUCAUCGUCUUGGGAGCUGGGAGAGGACGUCGACAGACGUCGUUUUACCCUCCCUCGAUGAUCGAGUUACGCCUUCUCGAGUCAUCUGGCACCUUUGCUCGCGGUCGUGCCGGGCGAUCUCGCUGGAGGCUGCGCGGGAAGUUCUGAAGAACCAGACUUGGCCAUCUGUUCGGGAGUCGCUUGCGCAUCCUGGGUUGGUUGUGCAAGGCUUUGCGAUCGUUCUUGGAGCAAGACGGGAUGUUGAGGCGUGUGUGGGACGAGCGAGAAGAGUUGAUGGAGGUGCGGGAUGUCAACGCUAUACUAUGAAGACGACCGAGGGAACCCAAGAUGGCGAGACAAGGCAAAGUGCCCACCCCUCUCUCGGGACGGAGAAGGCUGACGCACGGCCUUUUUUCCUUCGUUGCCCUGACGUAGACAAUAUCGAGACCGGUCGACGCAAGUCACCUUGUCUGUCCUUUCGACACGAAGGCGCAGCUCUUCAUCAGAGAGGUCAUAAUGAAGGACACAGGGAGGAGACGGCGCACACUCGCUGAACAAGCACUCAUUGUAUACCAGGGAAGCAAGAAGGCAAUACCAAGCUCUCACUUCUUGACCCACACUCACCGCGUCUGAUCAAGGUUCGAAUUCACCAAGCACUCUGUUAACGACCCAUCUCCUCCAUGGUCGCCAACGAUUUUUAACUCGGUCGGAAGAUCAAAUCACCCACGUCCAAGUCCUCUUUAGGGGGAUGAGGGCGUGUGCCUUCUCAGACACCCGUCUCUUCUUUGUUUUCGCCUUUUGACUCUCCUUUUAGAAGGAGG